GCGCGGGGCGCGGGAACCCCGCGGACUCCGCGACCGGGCGGGCGUCCCCGACGGGUCACCCCUCCGAGAUAAGCGGCAGUGGCUGUGGUGGUCGCGCUCCGGCGCCCCGUGCGCCGCGCUCCAUGCCCGUGUGGUGUUGCCGCUGCUCUCUGGCCGGUCAUUUCAGAAACUAUAGUGACACUGAAACCGAAGGAGAGAUUUUUAAUUCCUUAGUGCAAUAUUUUGGUGAUAAUCUGGGGCGAAAAGUUAAAGCUAUGCCAUUAGUUGAAGAAACUUCUUUACUUGAAGAUUCAUCAGUGACUUUGCCUGUGGUAGUAAUAGGAAAUGGACCCUCAGGAAUCUGCCUUUCUUAUAUGCUGUCAGGCUACAGACCAUAUUUAUCAUCAGAAGCAAUACAUCCAAAUACAAUCUUACAUAGUAAAUUAGAAGAAGCAAGACAUCUUUCCAUUGUUGAUCAGGACUUAGAGUAUUUGUCUGAGGGCCUUGAGGGCCGAUCAUCCAAUCCAGUUGCAGUACUUUUUGACACACUUCUUCAUCCAGAUGCUGACUUUGGAUAUGAUUAUCCAUCUGUUUUGCAUUGGAAAUUAGAACAACAUCAUUAUAUUCCUCACUUAGUUCUUGGUAAAGGUCCACCUGGUGGAGCUUGGCACAAUAUGGAAGGCUCCAUGUUGACAAUCAGCUUUGGAAACUGGAUGGAGCUACCUGGACUUAAAUUUAAAGAUUGGGUGUCUACCAAACGAAGGAACCUAAAGGGGGAUCGAGUUAUGCCAGAGGAAAUAGCUCGCUACUAUAAGCACUAUGUAAAAGUCAUGGGUCUUCAGAAGAAUUUCAGAGAGAAUACUUAUAUUACCUCUGUAUCAAGACUCUACAGAGAUCAAGUUGAUAAUGAUGGUCAAGACCGAGAUAUUUCAACACCGCAUUUACAGAUAGAGAAGUCAAAAUUUAUCAAGAGAAACUGGGAAAUCAGGGGUUAUCAGCGAAUAGCAGAGGGUUCUCAUGUUCCCUUCUGUCUCUUUGCUGAAAAUGUAGCACUGGCAACUGGAACAUUGGAUUCCCCUGGCCGCCUGGAAAUUGAAGGGGAAGACUUUCCUUUUGUGUUUCACUCAAUGCCUGAAUUUGGAGCUGCUAUAAGCAAAGGAAAGUUGCGUGGCAAAGUGGAUCCAGUGUUAAUUGUGGGUUCUGGGCUUACUGCAGCUGAUGCAGUACUGUGUGCUUACAACAAUAAUGUCCCUGUGAUUCAUGUAUUUCGCAGACGAGUAACUGAUCCAAGCUUAAUUUUCAAACAGCUUCCAAAAAAGCUUUAUCCAGAAUACCAUAAAGUCUAUCAUAUGAUGUGUACUCAGUCAUAUUCUUUAGACUCAAAUCUUUUAUCUGAUUAUACCAGUUUUCCUGAGCACCAUGUGCUUUCCUUUAAGUCGGACAUGAAAUGCAUUCUUCAAAACAUCUCUGGAUUGAAGAAAAUAUUUAAGCUUUCUGCAGCAGUGGUGUUGAUAGGUUCUCAUCCCAAUCUGUCUUUUCUGAAGGAGCAAGGGUGUUACCUGGGCCAUAACUCAAGCCAGCCGAUCACAUGUAAGGGUAAUCCUGUGGAAAUAGAUGCAUAUACUUACGAGUGUGUUAAAGAAGCCAACCUUUUUGCAUUGGGUCCUUUGGUUGGAGACAAUUUUGUUCGAUUUUUAAAGGGAGGGGCAUUGGGUGUUACACGUUGUUUAGCUACAAGACAGAAGAAAAAGCAGCGUUUAUUUGUUGAAAGAGGAGGGGGAGAUGGGAUAGCUUAAAGUCGGUUUAUAAGUCAUUUAUAUGGACACUUUAUUAUUAAAGAUUUUUAAUAGUGGUUUUAACAGUGUAUUGGCUUGAAUUUUCUGAACUUGAAUUAACUGGGAGAGCCUCAAGCUAUAGUAACUAUUUUUUAAAGUUAUCAGAAUUUGAUGUCCUGAUUACAUUUAAUGUAUGAAAGGUGUCACAAAUAGAAAUACUGCCAAUUUGGUAUGCUUUAAGUUCUCAACUAAAAUAUUCCUUUUUUCCAAGAUUUAUUUUUUGUGAUCAUUCUUGGUUUAUUUAGGUCUGAUUCCAAAAUAAAACAGCAUUGCAUCUAUAAAACUACUGUCAUUAGGCCAGAGAUUGUCCUUACUUUAUAUAUUGGAUCACCAUGCUGCUCACAGUGUGGUCCAGAGAGCAUCAGCUUCAUUUGUAGCUUUUUGGAAAGGUAGACCUUCAGGCCCCACAACAGACUUACUGAAUCAGAAAUUGCAUCUUAAUGAGAUCCUCAAGGAAUAUGUAUGCUUAUUAAGGUUCGAGAUACACUGGUCUAAAAGAAAAUGGUAUUAAAGGUACAUAUGCUGAGGUGGGUGGGAUAGAAAGUAUAUACAGCUCAGGUUUUAUUUAUUUCAGAAUUAUCAAAUGUGUAAAUCUAAUUUAUUAACAAAUAUGAUGAGCUUUUUAAAAAUUUUUAAUGUUGAAACCUUAACAGGUAAUUAGUAUUCUCAGCUUCUAAUUUAAACAGUCCAAUAAUGUUGGCAUAUACUUAAGACAUCCAAGAACUUGCCAAGAUAAUUUUUUUGAGAUAUAUUCUCUACCUAACUAGCAGAAUGCUUAAACAAAUUUGCAGUUCAAUAAAUUUUGAAUGGAACUUAUUCCUGUGUGAACAUUGAGUCAAUUUCUGUCACUGAAAUUUAAGAUAUUUGGACAUAAGACUUUGUAAUAUGCAAUAUUUUUGGGUAUUACCAGAAUUAUUAAAGAUUGAAAAGUUUAAAACCUU